CCAGAGCCCGGGCCGGCGCUGUGGCUGACGCCGGAGUGUGCCCUUCAGACCGUACCCCAAGGAGCGGGCCAAAAGGAAGCCAGUUUCCAUGUUGUGAGCUACCCUAUGGAGAGGGCCAUGUGGCAAGGAACUGAGGAACGCUUCUGGUCUAAAGCCACUGAGGAACUGAGGCCCUCAGUCCAAUGGCUCUCGGGGAAUUGAGUCCUGCUAACAGCCACAUGAGUGAGCUUGGAAGUGGAUCCGGCCCCAGCGAAUCCAACAGGCAGGCACAUGAAGUGUAUGGACAUACCUGUCAUCUCAUCUGAAUCCUCAUAAAACCCUAUGAGGUGUUUCGAGUUCUGGGGAAAGGUGCAGCCCAGCUGGAACCCAUAGCUCCUGGAAGGAUGGUUCGGAUCUUGGCCAAUGGGGAAAUUGUGCAGGACGAUGACCCUCGUGUGAGGAACACUACCCAACCACGCAGCAGCACCCCUCGACAGAGCUUUCUCAAUAGGGGCCAUGGCGCCCCGCUGGGGGGUCCCGGCCCUCGCCAGCAGCAGGCGGGCGCCAGGCUGGGUGCCGCUCAGUCCCCCUUCAGUGACCUCAACCGGCAGCUGUUGAACAUGGGCUUCCCCCAGUGGCAUCUGGGCAACCACGCCGUGGAGCCGGUGACCUCCAUCCUGCUCGUCUUCCUGCUCAUGCUGCUUGGUGUGCGUGGACUCCUGCUGGUGGGCCUCGUCUACCUGGUGUCCCACCUGAGCCAGCGGUGACCUCCGGGGGCUGCUGGAGCAGGAAGACCCUGGAGACCCCAGCGAUCCUGGUGUGUUGGCCUGAAGGGCUGUGAAUGUUGUACCAUGGCGCCAUCUGGUGGAAUGUCUCUGCAGGAGCAUGAUCUCCAUCCCUCCAUCGAAUCAUCCUUCCUCCUGGCCCAGGUGAGUGCUCCACUCAGCCAGCCCAGGCUUACGAUUGCCUUGCAUUUCCGUGAUAGCAGAACUCGGGUUUCUCGUGGAGAGUACAUGCGAUUCCACUGGAAUUAAUUUACUAUGGUCUCAUCCUGGGGUAAGACUCUUGUCUCGUUUCAUCCUCCCACAAAGAAAAAUAGACGUCUUUCCCUUUUCCACGGAUGGCGACUCUGAGGCUUGGAGAGGUUAAAGCAACUCACACGUGGUUGCACAGAGAUGGCAGAUCUGGGCUGGGACCCCUAGUGGAGGGGAGGGGGGAGGGUGCAGGGUGGCUGAGGCCCCCAGGAAGAGACUCUGUCACCAAGGGCCUUGGGCCUGUUUUGAAGAAGAGCCCCUGGUACUUAAGCCUCCAGGGUAGGAGUUGGAAUGAGAAGUCUCACACUGGGUGAUUUUCUAGUCCAGGAUUGCUGUCAUCACGGAGGUGGCCCCAGCAAGAGAGACUCACUUGUUCUCUAAGGCUGGGCUCUCUCUAGAUUGGGUUUGGGGGGAGCUGUGUCUAGUGCAGCCUGCCCAGUGCAGUGCCCACCAGCACUUCCACACUCACCUGUCUUCAUUCCGCCCAGUUUCCUUUGAUGAAUGUGAUUUUGUGAUCUGGUGCCAUUCAGGACACAGUGCCCCUUGUGUAGUGCUUGUCUUUUACAUAGGAGGCAAGGAGUAAGGGAGUCAGAUCUCCCACUUGCUAGUUGUGUGCCUCAGCUUCCUCAUCUGUGAAAUGGGGAGAAGGUGUCAUUUAGGGCUGUUGUGAGGUCCAGAUGGUAGACGUGUAUAGUACCUGGUGUGUAGCAGCGUGCCGUGGUGAUGGUUUGUAUUGGAUCCCUUCCUGCAGUGCUCAUUGGUGAAAACUGGCUGUCCUUAGCCAACAGUGUUCAGAAUGUAAUUUGCUUUUGAAAUUCCAGGAGAAAAAAAACUGAGAACAUUUCCAAUAUGGCACUUACCAGUAUACAGCAGCUACGAAGUUUGCCUCUGAGGCACUGGCCUGGGCUAGAGCCCGCUGCAGCCUAGGGGAGGUGUUUCUUUUGCAACUUUGAGCUCACCUAAUCCUGAGAAACCAUCUUCUUCUGAUGAAGUGACUAAAAUCCAGAUGCUUUCCGCAAGGGAAGGGACAAGGCAACCACAGAUGCCUGAGACAGAGUGUUCCCUUCCCUGUGACAGUGAUUCUCAACCCCUGCCGCACAAUAGAUUCACCUGGGUGGGCAGCUUUAAAACUUGCAGUGUGGGGUCCAGCCCUGGAAGCCGGGCUGGGCUGGCCAGACUUGCUCCUGGCAGAAGCCUCUCUCGCCAUGGGGAGUGGGGUCUGUGGUGCCUGUCCUUUCACACACUACUUGGUUCUUUCCUGUGCUCCCAGCCCCUGAUGAAGGCUGGGCCCUAAUCAGAGUUUAGGGAUCAUUGAGUGAAUUGCAUGAGAAGGUACAAGCGACCAGCCGAACUGAAAGGAGAAGGGCGACCCAAGGGCAGAGCUCACCCUUCCUGCCUUGGCUGGGUGGAUCCUGUGACUUCCGGUAGAUCGGGAAAAAAAAACUGUCACCUGUGCACUUGGCCUUAAUUCUCAAGUUACAAAUACAGACAGUCCCCCCUUGUCCACCCCUAGCACAAGUGGUUGAAAGAGAGGGAGGGAGGAAAUAGGGAAGGAGGGCAGGAGGGAGGGAAGAAGGAAGGAAGGAAAGAACCUGGGUCAACAGUGUAAGUGCAGCCCUGACUCAGGGCUCCUGGGGCUUGUUGUGCUGUCUGCCUGUGUCCCUGUGUUUCUCUAAAUGAAGCAGUAACCCUCCCGUAGAGACCACCAGAUGAGGACUCCCCGAGUCCCCUGGCCCCUUCGCUGCCCCUGCCUCGGGAGCUGAGGGUCCCCUCUAAGGCUGUAGUCUCCAUGCAUCCCUAUCCUUCUGCUGUGCUGCUCCCUGGGGUGGGGUCCUUAAACCAGGCCCAGCCCUGGGGUGUGGAGGGUGCAGCGACCCUGACAUCACCAUACACAGAUGUCAUGAAAAUGAUGCAUUGUGGCCUCACAGCUCAGGAAGGGAAUUGCGCUGGGGACGCUUGCUACCUUGUUUUCUCUGCGCCAUUCCCCGGGUAGUUCGGCUCUUGCCCUUUGCUCCCAAACCCUUGAGGAAACAGGACCUGCUGUAUGUGGCCUCUAACUCCCAGUGCCCUAGUUAUACGGGGUUGGAGACUCAAAUGCCUUCAGGAGCCUGGCAGGUGGCUGAGAGAACCAUGUGAAACAGCUGGGGACCAGGCUAUAGGGAGGGGUGGGGUCUGUGGAGAACUGGGCAGAGAGCAUUUGCCUAAAGGCCUUCAUGUGGCUGCACAGCACCGUGCAGGGUGAAGCUAACGCUGCCAGCAGGCCAGUCACAGGGCUCUUUGCUGUGUAGUCUCUAGAGCCUGUGUCACAGCUCCCUCUUCCCCAGUUGCCGUGUGGCCUUGGCAAAUCAAGCCUGUUUCCUCUCUGUAAGUAGGGAUAAUAAUACCCCCUAUUAGAGUUGAUGUGCUGACGAAAGUGAAGCGAUAUAUUCCUUAAAUACUGCGUAAAAUACUCUUGAUGUAGCACCUGUAUUCCCUUUCUCUGCAUGUGACAAAUUACCAAACACUUAGCACUUAAGCAACAUGUUUAUCACUUAAGUUUCUGGGCGUGGCUUAGCCAGGUCUUCUGCAAGGCUGCAAACAGGAACCCCAGGACUGGGUUCUCAUCUAGAGGCUCGACUGGGAACAGUUCGCUUUCAAGCUCUUCGGGGUAUUUAUUGGCAGACCGCGCUUUCUUGCCGCCGUAGGACUCAUGGCAGCUCUUUCUUCAAAGCCAGCAAUGGAGAGAGACUCUUAAGCAAGUCCACCAGCAAGACCGAGUCUUACAUAACGUAAUACAAUCAUGGGAGAGACAUCCGGUCACCUUUGCCGCACUCUGUGGGUUAGAAGCAAGUCCCAGGGCCCGCCUACAGUCGAGGGGAGGGGAUCCCAGAAAAACAUGAACAUCAGGAGGCCAGAUCACGUGGCCACCUGAAAGUCCAUCCGCCACAGCACCUGAAAGAUUGUUGGACAUCAUUACGAUUGAUUGGGUGCCACAACAUGCCAGGCAGUGACGCGGGGGUCGGAGGGGGGGGAGUUCGUACAUAUCAUUCCAUCUAUUUUUACUGUUCUAUGAGUAAACGGAAACUCAGAGAGGCCAAGCAAGUUAUCUAAACUCAUCCAGCUAGUAAGCGACACAGCAGGAUUUAAACCCAGGUCUCUGCUGUCUUCCCUAGACAUGACAUUCGAGGUCAGGGUCAACUUCAAGCCAUCCCUGAGGAGCCCUCUAACACCCCAAAAGUAUUUUGUUCUGGAGGUCAGCUCUUUCCCUGGGUUCAAGUCCUUCAGCUCUUGUUCUGCUAGGUCCUGUCCUUGGCUGCUGAAUUUCUCUGUACCGCCUUCCUUUCGCUCUGUCCUCAGACACUCCUUGAAAUGGUUUGGGUUUCUUGCCCCAGAUUUACAUUCAGCUUCAAUUUAUCUGUCCAUGAUUUUUGUCUCUUUUUAACUCCUUCCCACUCAACAAAACUCUACAAACACUCUCCUAUGAGGAAAGCCCUGGGCUGGAGACUCCCUCUGCCCCCAACAUUCUUACAGUCUAAUGAAGAGGCAGCAUGUUCAUUACUAACCCCAGUCCAGUGGUUCAGAGCUUUUUGAGGAUAAGGACAAUUAAAAACUAAAACAAUACUGUUCUUAAAGAAGAUUAAAAUCAUUUUC